AUGAUUGAUAAUUUUACAGUUCUUACGAAAGGAGGGCUGGUUCUGUGGAGCCAUACUGGAUUUCAGUUGAGUGGAAAUCCGAUCAACGAGUUGAUUCGUUCCAUUUUGUUGGAAGAUCGUCUUUCAGAAAAGAAAUUCACGUAUCACAACGAAUACUUGUUGACUUGGGUUCAAGAAAAUGAAUUUGAACUAAUCUUUGUUGCCAUUCAUUCAAUUUCUAUUCAAGUUACUUUUAUCGACACUCUUUUAGAAACAGUGAAACAAAAGUUUGUUUCCACGUUCAAAAAGACUUUGCAAGACGCUAAAGGAAUCGGAAAAGGAAUGCCAUCACUGAGUAAUGUCGAAUUUAAUUUUGAUAAAGAAUAUACCAAGAUUGUUGAUACUCUUGAAGAGCGAUCAAGAGAAGAAAAACAAUUACAAAAAGAAGGACUUCUCAUUAAGCAAUAUAAAAAGAAGGAAAAGAAAGAGGAUGACGACGAAUCUGACAAAAAGACAACAUUUAUUGAAAAACAAAUCAAACAGGGAGAAGAAUUGUUACAAAAUGCUUCCAAUUCACCAAAAACACCAACAAACAAAUACGAAAAGAAGAAGAAAGAUAAAUCAUCUGCUAAACCCGUCACUCCAGCUUCGGAAUCUGAUGAAAGCGACGAGGAAGAAGAGAUCAAGUCUGGCUCGAGUCAAAGGACAUCCAACGGUGGCAUGAAUGAGACUGUGUUAGCUAAUAUUGAGAAAAUGAAGAAGCGAUUAAGUAAGGUAAAGAACGGACCAAAAAAGUCUUCAAAGAAAACAGAUUCUCCAGAAGAUACCACUCCAGUAGUCACAAAAACAAAAACCAAGAAGGAAGCAACCACAUGGGAUACAUUUGACACAACUUACAACAAGAAGAAGGAAGGAAAAAUUGACUUUUCAAGAAAAGCUGAAAAUGAAGAUGAUGAGCUUCAACGACACAAAGACAAAUAUUUACCAAAUCCAAAUCAACAAACAGAUAUCGAUGCAGGUUUGGAAUCAGAGAGUUCUGAGGAAGAAGAAGAAGAAGAAACAGCACCAAAGAAAGGAAAUAUUUUCACAUCAUUCUUCUCCACCUUGACAAACGGUAGAACUCUCACAAAAGAGGAUCUUGAUCCGGUAAUGGAAGAAUUUAAACAAUCAUUGAUGAAGAAAAAUGUUGCUCAAGAAAUUGCUGUCAGUAUUUGUGACUCAGUAUUGGAAGGUUUAGUAGGUAAAAAAUUGGGAACAUUUUCUUCUGUAAAAUCAGAAGUCACAAAGGUGUUAGCAGAAACCCUUACUAGAAUCCUUACACCAACCAGAACAAUUAACAUUCUCAAGGAAGCAUCAACAGCCAGAGAACAAGGAAGACCCUAUGUCAUUGUAUUUUGUGGAGUGAACGGAGUUGGUAAGAGCACAACUUUGUCAAAGAUUUGCUACUGGCUUUUACAAAAAGAAUUUUCUUGCUUGAUCGCUGCGUGCGACACAUUUAGAUCUGGGGCUGUAGAGCAAUUGCAAGUUCACGCUCGUUGUUUGGGUGUACCUGUGUUCCAAAAGGGUUAUGGAAAGAAUGCAGCCAGUCUCGCUAAAGAAGCUAUUGCUCAUGCAAAGAAGAACAAGUAUGAUAUUGUUUUGGUAGAUACUGCUGGAAGAAUGCAAGAUAAUGAACCUUUGAUGAAAUCUUUGAUUGAGCUCAUUCAAGUCAAUCAACCAGAUCUAGUUCUCUUUGUUGGUGAAGCUCUAGUUGGUAAUGACGGUAUUGAUCAAUUACAAAAAUUCAACUCUUCGCUCAAGAUUUUGGCUCAAAAUGAAACUUCAACCAAACAAACAAAGGACUUGAUUGAUGGUAUUGUACUCACGAAAUUUGAUACCAUUGAUGAAAAAGUUGGUGCAGCUGUAUCCAUGGUUCACAAGACAGGUCAUCCAAUUGUUUUUGUGGGUGUAGGCCAAACGUAUACAGAUUUGAGAACUCUUAAAGUGGAAUCUGUGGUGAAAGCAUUAUUGAAGAAUUAA